UCCCAGAACUUAGUCCUGCGCCACGAUUCUAACCACGCGUGGCCCGCUGCCCAGCCGGCCCUGCAAGCUGGUGAUCCGCGUGUCCCUCCGAUAUGUCAUCCUGCAGCCGCGUGGCGCUGGUGACCGGGGCUAACAAGGGCAUCGGCUUCGCCAUCACGCGUGACCUCUGUCGGAAGUUCUCUGGGGACGUGGUGCUCACCGCGCGGGACGAGGCAAGGGGCAAGGCUGCUGUGCAGCAGCUGCAAGCGGAGGGCCUGAGCCCGCGCUUCCACCAGCUGGACAUCGACGACCUGCAGAGCAUCCGCGCCCUGCGCGACUUCCUACGCAAGGACUACGGGGGACUUAACGUGCUGGUCAACAACGCGAGCAUCGCCUUUAGAAUGGAUGAUUCAACGCCCUUCGACAUUCAAGCGGAGACGACACUGAAGACGAACUUCUUCGCCACUAGGAAUGUCUGCACGGAGUUACUGCCCAUCAUGAAGCCGCAUGGGAGAGUGGUGAACGUCAGCAGUCUACAGGGGUCAAAGGCUCUUGAAAACUGCAGUGAAGAUCUUCAGGAAAAGUUCCGAUGUGACACCCUUACAGAAGGGGACCUGGUCGACCUCAUGAGAAAGUUUGUGGAGGACACCAGAAAUGAAGUCCAUGAGAGGGAAGGUUGGCCAGACUCAGCCUACGGGGUGUCUAAGCUGGGGGUGACGGUCCUUUCGAGGAUCCUGGCCCGGCAGCUGGAUGACAAGAGGAAAGGAGACAGGAUUCUACUCAAUGCCUGCUGCCCGGGGUGGGAGGGCUCCAGGACCGCGGAGGAGGGGGCUGAAACCCCUGUUUACUUGGCCCUCCUGCCUCCAGAUGCCACUGAGCCGCAGGGCCAGCUGGUCUGUGACAAAGUCGUGCAAACAUGGUGAACAUCUGCUCUGGCCUAAUGGUGUAGUAAACGUUGGCGAGAAGUGAACGGAGACUGACUUUUGAUCCUCUCUGCACAUUGAGAAGGAAGGGCCCUUUGUACCUGUGUGGUUCCACAGUCGAAAUCUGAACAAUUUGCUGUGUCCAAACUCUUUUCGGUCCUUAAUUUUACAUCCAGUCAAUUGGUCCUACUUUGUUUAUCAAAUUAAA